GCACAUUCUUAUCCGGAGUGUUUAAUGCAAACGUCAUAUUGCUUUUAUAAUCGCAUAUCUUGGUGAUCCGUGUGUAGCCUACUGUGGAUAUAUCGGAUAUCUAGGAAACCAUUUUGCAGCGACAUAUGUAAUUGCUUUUUCUUGAACAGUUUCCUAUAUCAUAUUCGGUCUGUAAUCUGUAGUAUUUAUUUAUUAAUGUUGACAGGAACGCAAAAGGGAGGCUUGCUCGAUUGAUGUCAGAUUGUAAACACCAUGUUGUUGUUAGAUUCUUAGCCAAUCUGCUCAAUUACAGUGUUGCAUUGAAUUAGUCAAAAAGCCAAUGCCUGCUUGUUACAUACGUGUCCAGACCACUUAUUGUGUGCGAUUAAAAGGACAGGCAUAUUUUUGAAGACACCCAGUAUGGCAGGAUCAGCAAUGUUCUUCUGUACGGAAGUCUCUGUAGAACGUGUUGCCAGAUCUUGCCAAUAACUGUAGUAUCAUCAGCUUUAUAUUCUACUCAACAUAAAACGAGUGUACCGUAAUGAAUCAGAAAGCACAUUCAGUAAAAUUUGCACAUUUUUUUAAUAGAUGAAAUAAAUAUAAAUAAGCUAGUUAUAGAUCUAGUAGAUGUGAGAAAUUCAUUAAGCCAUUUAAAAUGUGAAAAUCUGGCAACCCUGAAUUCUGCGCUUCUAUGUGUGAUUGGCUGUUGCAGGGCUGGGUGGUUGUGUGUGAUUGGUUGUCGUUGGAAGAGGGGUAUGUCCAAUUUGCAAACGAAUAGUUUUUUUUUAACUGAUUCUUUAAAAUAGCUCGAUCGAACCGAUUCGCAAAGCUUUGGUAGAUCGCCCAACUGUAAUGGAUUUUUUUGUUUGUUUGUUUAAAGAGAUAGUUCCCUUAAAAGGAAAAUUCUCUCAUCAUUUACUCACCUUCAUGUCAUCCCAGAUGUGUCAGACUUUCUUCUGCUAAUGCAAUUGCAAAAUGUUUGAAGAAUAUCUUGGCUCUCUAUGUCCAUAAAUUGCAAGUGAAUUGGGGCCAGAACUUAAAAGGUUCAAAAAAACAUACAUAGGCAGCAUUAAAGUAAUCCACAUAACUCCACUGGUUAAAUCCAUAUUUUCAGAAGUGAUUUGAUAGGUGUGGGUGAGAAACAGAACAAUAUUUAAGUCCUUUUUUACUUUAAAUUCUCCUCCCUACACAGUAGGUGGCAAUAUGCAUGAAGAAUGGGAAUUUCCAAAAACAAAAGCAGAAGAAUGUGAAAGUGGAGAUGUAUAGUAAAAAACGAGUUGAUCUAUUUCUAACCCACACUUGUCAUAUGUCUUCUGAAGAUGUAGAAUAAACCACUGCAGUCUGAUGGAUUAUUUUAUGCUGCAUUUACAUGCUUUUUGGACCUUUAAAGCUCUGUCUUCAAUUUACUUGCAUUGUAUGGACCUACAGAGCUGAAAUAUUCUUCCAUCAGAAGAAAGUCAUACAGGUCUGAGAUGGCAUAAAGUUGACAAGAGUAAAUGAUGAGAAUUUAAACUAUCACUUUAAAGCAAAACUGUGAUAUGGCAACAGUGCUGUUAAAGAAAGUGGUAAUAAUUGAUAUUAGGCUAAUAAUAAUUAAUAUGAUUUCUUAAUAUUGGCAAAUCUGUUGUUAGCAAUGCACAUAGUAGUGUUGUUAACAAAGAUAUUGGAACGAUAAACAACAUUUGAUGCAAUCAAUAUUACCUAAUCCUGGAAAUAUUGUGAUAAACAGCCAUUUUAAUUAAAAAAUAAAACGUCAAAUUCUCGCGGGGACGUCUGAGAAUACUUUUGAGUGACGAUUCGGUUGUGAAUCCUUUUUUUAAUCGGUUAAAUGAAUGAACCGAUUCACUAAAAGAUUCGGACUUCCCAUUGCUAAACAGAGUGGGCAGAGCGGCUGUGUGUGAUUGGCUGAACUGUUGGACAGAGGGGGAAAGGUUGAGCUGAUCAGCUGGUCUCUGCAGAUAUAUGACUCCUGCAAAACAAUGUAGGGGAAAAAGUGCUGAAUGUCAGAAUCUCUGGGAGGAGAGACACUGGAUCACACGCACAUACUCACACAUCCCAGAGGAACAAACGGAUCCAGCGGGUUAAACGGGAAGUAAUGCGAAAGCGAAAAAACAGCGCAGAUCAUGACAGCUGUGCACUACUGGACGGCAACUCCGAUCUAAAGCAUUGCCAUAAACACACCGACGUUGGUUGUGAUCCAGGAGUUUCGGGAAAAGCAAUGGGAAGGCGCUAUAAGAGGGGUGGUCUGAUGUGGCGGCUGAGGAGAAUAAUGAUCUGGGUGCUGGGAAUCUACAUCGCCAUCCCUGUUAUCAUCAAACUCUGUCCAUCAAUACAAGCAAAACUAGUCUUUUUAAACUUUGUGCGAGUGCCGUAUUUUAUAGAUCUGAAGAGGCCACAUGAUCAGGGGUUGAACCACACUCACAACUUCUACCUGCAGCCAGAGGAGGGAAUUAACGUAGGAGUAUGGCACACUGUACCUGCAAUGAUGUGGAGGGAGGCUCAGGGUAAAGAUGCUGAGUGGUAUGACAGAAGCUUCCAGUCCAAUCACCCUGUCAUCCUUUAUCUCCAUGGCAAUGCAGGGACAAGAGGAGGAGAUCACAGAGUUCAGCUCUACAAGGUCCUCAGUUCAUUAGGCUACCAUGUAGUCACGUUUGAUUAUAGAGGUUGGGGUGACUCCGAGGGCAGUCCUUCAGAGAAAUUGAUGACAUCGGAUGCCCUCUUCCUCUACCAGUGGAUAAAGCAGAGGAUUGGUCAGAAGGCCCUCUACAUAUGGGGUCACUCGCUAGGCACAGGAGUGGCCACUAACUUAGUGAGGCGUCUGUGUGACAGGGGGACACCACCUGAUGCGCUUAUCCUAGAGUCACCCUUUACAAAUAUUAGAGAGGAAGCCAAGAGUCACCCCUUCUCUAUGGUUUACAGAUAUCUACCAGGCUUUGACUGGUUCUUCCUGGAUGCUAUAACCGCAAACGACAUCCAAUUUGCCAGCGAUGAGAAUGUCAACCACAUAUCCUGUCCGGUUCUGAUCCUGCAUGCAGAAGAUGACACAGUUGUACCCUUCCAGCUUGGAAAAAAGCUGUAUGAUUUGGCUGCUCAGAGUAAAAGUCUGAAUGGUCAUAAGGUGCAGUUUAUUCCUUUCCCCAGCUCUCUGGGCUACAGACACAAGUUCAUCUACAAGAGCCCACAGCUAACAAAUAUACUCAGUGAUUUCCUCAGUACAUCGCAUCCUCGCAUGUAGUGAAGAUAAUUUCACCUGAUUGCCCUCUCUCACACACUGCUGAUAAUAUACAUUGAGUGUGUUUGACACUGUAUACAUAGUGUACAUGCACACACAAGCAUGGACUGAAGAUGCACCAGUUUUUUUGCAUUUCUUUGUUCAUUUAAACCCCAAGUAAGGAGAACGUUUACAGUUACAGCUGGGCGAUUUGUUUUACUGCCUCCUAUUGUCAUGGCAACCGAUCUGAAGGGGCAGCUGAAACACAAAGUAUUCAAAAUGCAAAUAUGGACCUAAGUAAAAGAUGCUUAAGUAAAAAACUAAUUUAAUGAAUAAAGAAGACCAGAUGAAGUUUUAACGAUGGCACUGAAAAGACAAUACGUGGAUCAAGGUCAAAGAGAUGCAGCAAGACAACAUUCUAUUAUGAUGUCACUUUACUGCCGCGAGAACUGUCAGUUCAAGCUGAUUGUGAUUCACUCCUUUUUUUAUUAGCAUACUAUAACAAUGAUUAACUAUACCAUGGACCUUAUUUAAAAUCCAAA